AUGGGUUGGAUUACGAGAGUACCGUCACCAAUGGAUCAUUCCGGAAUAGCUAUGCGUCAAAGUAUUAGUUGUCAUGAUCACAUGAUUACGUCAUACGUGGAUUGCGUUAUACAGAAUCAUUAUAACAGAUGCUCCUCACCCGGUUGUCGUAAGUAUGCAUCGAAGCCAGAAGCAAUGAAGCAAUCAAUAUUGAAUAGUGGAAGUGAUACGUCGGAUGAUGAAUGGAUUCGAUGCGCAGAUGACGUAGCAUUGGAUGUUCAUGGAAAUGAUGGUUUACAUAAUGAAAUUUAUGCUCAAGUUACGGUACCAUUAUUUUCCACCUCACAUAAUAAUCAUAGCAACAAAUCAUUAAUCACUAACAAUCAACAGCAUAUCAGUAAUUUGCAUAUGGAUGGAAAAAAACAAAUGAAGAAUGAUAUCAGGGAAGAAACGAUGAAAUGUAAACGUCCGACAACAUUUUUAAAUGCUUUCAAAAAAGUAACCGAUGAUGAAAAUAUGGUAAAAAUAAGGAAUGAAACCGAUAAACGGAAUAAUGAUAAAUUUUUAUCAUAUCAAGAAAAGAAUCAAUAUUCCAUUUUGAUUAAUUUGCUACCACGUCGAUCGUAUUCCCUAAAUAUGUUGGAUCAAAUACCAGAAAAAUUAAUCGAUUUCGAAAAAGAGAGAUAUUUUUUCAUUACAAAAAUGAUUGCUAAUACCGAUGAUGAGCAUCAUUAUGCUGAUAUUCGAGAUUUAACAAAUUUCAAAGAGCAUACAAUAUAUUAUCCGAAUAUGAAUGAUAAAAAUGAUAUCGAGUAUGAAUCAAACGAAGAUUUUGAGAGAAAUGAGAAUGUUGAUAAUAGUGCCGAUGAUAGUGAUAUCGGUGAUAGUGAUGAUAUAUUUGCGGAUAAGAAUCUUCCGGUUAAAAGGAACAAAUUGUCGAAUUUUUACGAAUUUACAUUUGACAUUAAAAGUUCAGUUCGUAAUGAUAUGACGAAAUUAUCACCAAGUAUUGAUGGUAGCAUAACUUCAUAUCCGGUUUUGGAGAAUAAACCAGGUAAUGAUAAUGAUAACGAUAAUCAAAUAAUUGAUGAAUCACAUUCUGCGAUAACGCUAUGGGAUAAUUGCUGUGAAUACGCUCAACAAAUAAAUGAAAUUGCUCAAAUUUGGCUUCAAAAAACAUCGGAAACAUCAAAUGUUGAUGAAAAAAUAAUUACUGAUCAAACAGCUUUUACAAUCUAUCCCAAAUCUGGCGAUUUGACAAAACUUACUGUGGAAACAAUCGAGCUCGACAAUCGACGUUUACCAAUAUCAUCACCUUUCAAUGGUUUACAACCGGCCGUUAACGGUAUAUCCUUUGAUCUAAAUGAAUAUUUUAUUUUCUUCUAG